AUGCUUGGCAAGUUUGUAAAGGGCAAGUUUGGUGAACGCCGUUCUCCUCCUCCAGACAGGGAGGACGGUGUGGGGGAGGCUACGGCUGGGGUUGAGAUGGCGACGACGGCGACACGAAUCCUCCGCCUACGCCGUUUCUUGUCCAUCGACUCGUUCGUGUCCGCCGUCUCCACCGUGUCCACAGUGUCCACUGCUUCCUCGGCACAGUCUACCCCGAGCUCCCCCUCGUCCUCCCUACCCACUUGCAUCCCUGGUGAGGAACUCCCUUCUUCGGGCGGCGCGGACAGCUCCGACGACUGGAGCUGUCGCGAUCCAAUUACCCCAGCGGAUCUCGAAUCCAGCGCGCCAUCCGGACCUACGUCCAUUUCCGGACGACCUGCCGCGGCGAUCGGUCUUCCAGUAGGUGGGAGCGAGGGAGAGACUUCCGGGGCCGAAAAGAAAAGGGAAGAGUAUACCUAUGCCCUUUCGCCGCUCUGUCCUGCCCUCCUCUGCGCGGCGACCUCCAUUCUCCCGUCAUACAUCGACGCGGGUUUGGACUUCUUCACGGCCACCAGCACAAUCCUCGCCCACCCGACCUCUCCGCCUCCCAUCAAGGCCAUUCUUGUCAACGUCGGGGGGACGAUCGACCGGAUCAUCCGCCACGCCACGGUCAUCAUCGCCAUCGUCUGCAUUGGGGCGAACUGGCUCCUCGCCUUCCACCCGUGUUGCAAGGCCGGCUUCUUUAUCCCCCCGUUGGCGAAGGCGACGCUCCAGUUCUAUCCCCGCCGCCAUAAGCUACGUACGCUUCCUCCAGUCCCAGUAACCAACUGGAAUAUGUUGGGAGUGUACACUCUUCACAAUUGGGUGGAGAUGACCCGCUUCGCCCGCCACGCGGCUUACGGUCUCUCUCACCUGACUGUUGCUCUGGGUAUUCGCGUCCUCGCAGGGCUGGUCAACCACCUCGAACGGUGCUGGGUCGCACCCAGCCUCCCGACCCCAGCCACCCUUCCGCCCAACACCCCGCCAACCAUCACCGCCAUCUUGUCAUCCGCUGUCCCCACUCUCCCACCACCCACGUCCAUCUCCUCGCCCACCCCGCACGAGAUCUUGCAGUCCUACGAUGCCCACAUAUCGAAGAAAGCAAACGACCUCGCGUUGAAUCAGUACCAUCUGGGCGUCCAUGAUCGAGUCGCUCGCCGGUGGCGCUUCGUCGGCAAGAUCCCGGGCGGAAAAGCCUGGAUAUAUUGGCUGGACCGGGGGAAGACGUGCGAAAUUCUCGGUUUAUCGGGUCGUCUGGAUCCGAACACUCCUGAAGCCGAGCUGGCAAAGGAAGCGCGGAUGGCGCCGGUUCUUCUGGAUGCUUGGUGGGAACAGCAGAGGGCGGAGGCGGUGAAGGUGUUGAAGAGGGAACAUGAGGAGUGGGAUGCGGUGGUUGGGGUUCCGGUAGAGGAGGACGAGAUGCCGGAGAGUUGGGUUGCGCCGGUGUGGGAGUUUUAG